AUGACCGAGACAGACGUGAUGGAGUUGCCCCCGGCUCGAAUAGGUUUAGUUAUCGGAGCUAAGGGGAAGACAAUUGCUGAGAUUAGAGAACAAUCGAAAGCACAUAUAUACAUUGAUGGCCAUAAAGCCAUCAUCCGUGGUAGCGAGGAAGCAAGAAAAGAAGCCAUGCGUCUAAUCAAUCGGAAAGUGCGCAUAGAGCCGACUAUACAUCCACACAUUGGGUAUACUGUUCUUGAAUUACCAGAAUCUGAGACGUUACCAAAACUCAAGUUCAUUUCAUAUGACGAUGUCGAUUUUAAUACUCAUACUCGUGGGAAACGAUUAUACUGUACAUUUUCGACAAUCGCUCAUUCACGCCUGAGAACUAUAGAAGAUUGGUGUGACCUGAAUAGAGAGAGGCAUGGCUUUCAGAGUAGUUUUCAGCAUUAUGCACCGGAUAUGAUAAAGAGAAUUUGGAAGAUUUUGCAGAAGUUCGGAUUUGAGGAAGUUACCCAAAGCAAACGAAGUAGUAUGAAUAAGGAUGUGAAGACCGGUACCAGCGAUCUCAUAACAAUCGGCGAGAAGAACGAAGAGGAGGAAGGUAAUCAGAGCAUCGACAAUGAUAUCGAUGGGAGAAAAGGGAGUGUUUGUAUAACUUAUGAUGGUGACGAUAAAGUCAGAAAGAAACUUAAACUUCACUGGGAUUACGAAGAGGGCGUCUACAAAAUAACUAAGGCAACUACACAAAUUCGUCGGGUUGCAAUUGUUGAUAUUGUCUCUGGGACAUCUGCGCCCGAUAUACGUUUCCUGCUCAAAACACAUAAAGACGAAGGUAUUAAUGCAGAAAUGGUCAAGCUUAUCAGUGACUUACAGACAUCACCACUAGAACUGUUUGAUGGAACUUACUUCCAAUCGAAGCAUUUGAGAAAGCAGCUUGAUGUUGACUCAAUCAGGCAAUCGAUGACGAAGCGGAAGUUUGUAAAUAACAGAUUUCAGUUAAGUGUAAUCACCACACGAAAAGAAGUACGAGCAUCUCGAACCAAAUUUGCGGCACCUGUGGAAGAGCAAACAAUUAAUCUGAAACAUCUUUCAUGGAAAAUGUAUCAAACGAACGGCGAAAUACGUCAGGUUUAUGAUAAAGACUCGCUUGAACAUAGCAUUAGAGAAACCGUGGCAUUCGCAAGAAAACUUUGCAGAAUUCUUGAGUCUUGA